UCCUUCAUGCUCUGAGUUCGUUGACAAGACGUUAUCUAGCUUGCUUUUAGCGUUAAGCACAACUACUUAGUGUACUUGUUACGGACGGAGGAGGGGGGGGGGACAUUUUGCUCGGCGUUCGACUUGGAUCGACCUUAACAGGUGGCCCUGUGGAGAAACCAGGAGGUGAACAUGAGCACGCUCUCCUCAGAAAAGAAGCCACUUGUAGAUUAUGGUGUCCAGAUUCGCUUCAUCAAAGAUCUUCAUGACACAGGCGGGGGCUACCCCGAAAAGACCAGAGGAGGCAACGCUGCAACUCCCCCUUCAAAUAAAUAUGGGGUGGCCGUGAGGGUUCAGGGUAUCUCUGGGCAGCCAUACGUGGUGUUAAAAGAUGGCGAGAAGGGCGAUUCAUAUGGGGUACAGCUGAAGACGAAUGCCCAGCAUCCAGCCUCUCGCUCUGGGUCCGUUUCACCACACACCAGCCAGACAAAAAGCCAGGAAGCAGACGUGACAAACCCGUACUCCCCAGUUUGUAACAAGAGCAACUCUCCCAUUUCUCCACCGGAUUAUGAGGACGGAGAGAUAUUUGGCAGCCCUCUUAGGAGACCUCCUGGCGAUGGGCAAGCAGGGAGCCAGGGGGAGGCUGAGGGGGGAGCUGGAACAGAAGCACAGGUGGAGAGGACCAAGAUUGAAUCCCAACCCAAAGCCACAGCCAAUGGGAUGCAGAAAAUUGCUAGAGAGUGGGACAGUAGUGAAGAGUUCAAUGAGGCUGGCUUGAAACCCGUUAAACUCAGGGUUGGACGCAAAGUGGUCGAGAGAAAUGGCAUAAGUUUCACCGGGUCACUGGGAAGACACAGUGGGAAGAAACUAAACCUUAAUGCUUUAUCUGCAUCUUUCCCUGAACCUCCUCCUCCGGUGUCAAUUGAGGAAGUGCCCGUUUCGGUAGACACCAACUCACUGGCCCCCAUCAACAAGCUCAUUAGCAAGUUCAACAGCAGCCCGACAGGCAGCACCACGCAGGCCAGGGGGCGCUCUGGAGCAAGGCAGCGACUCAGGUUCGAUGAGCGUAGGCGAUCUCGAAGUCUGGACGCUCGAAAAGACCACCUAGCUGAGGUUUCCCCUCCCUCUCCCUCUUCUCCCACUCCCAACCCCUACGCUAUUCCUCUCUCUCCUCUUUCCACCCCCUACGAUUUUUCAACGCCGUUUGCUCCGGGGAGCGGCAGCCUGAGAAAGAGCCCUGCCUCUGUUGCCACAGUGACGGCACUCGCUGCCCCCAAGCCGGGCGUUACGUCUCUAGGGAGGUUUGUUGCCAAGGACACCCCUCCAGCCAUCCCAAAAAAACCUGACAUACCCACCCCGCUGAGAGACCAGAGUCAUAAAGUGGAGGUCAUCAGCAGCGAGGAAGAACAAGCCAAACAAGUCAUCUACAACAUCCUCAAAGAGGGGACAGGUGAGAGUGACUCGUCCAUCAAAAGAAAGGUCAACCUCGUCUAUGAGAAGACGAGCAGGAUUAAGAAGGCAGGAACUGAUGGAGGCAUAAAAAAGGAGCUUGGAGAAAAACUGCCUGAGAAUAUCCAUCUUCAGAAACAACUCAACCGCUGCAAGACAGAACUGCAGAAGGCCCAGAAUGAACUGGCGGAGGUGCGGAUGGCCAGGGAGGGCGCAGAGUCUCGUCUGCGUCAGCAGGAAGACCAGCUGGCUGAGCUUCAGGAAGAACUAAGGAGGGUGUCAGAAAACUCCCCUCACACAGACUCACUGCAGAUGGAUGUGGUGACCCUGCAGGCGGAUCUGGCUGAGGUGGCCAUGUUGCGUCAGCGUCAGGAGGAGACAUUGCACCAGCGGGAGCGGGAGCUGACGGCCCUGAAGGGGGUGCUGAAGGAAGAGGUGGAGUCCCACGACAGAGAGAUUGAGGCUCUGAGGGAGCAGUACAGCCAUGACAUGGAGAACCUGAGGAGAACCAUGGAGCAGGUCACAGAGUCCCAAGAGCAGAUAGAAGAGGAGAGGCAGAGGGUGAAUUCGUCCAUGCUGACCCUGGAAGGGGAGCUCGACAGCUGCAGGGAACAGGAAGACCAAUGGAAGGUGCAGCUGGAGGCCAUGACACAGGACCUCCAAAGCACCAAGGAAGAGAACAAGAAGCACAGCGGCAGUCAAACGCUCCUGAAAUCUCGUUUGGAGAAAGAGGAAUUUGAGGGAGAGCUGAAGGAUCUGCAGGAUUCACUGAUGGCCAUGAAGAAACAGCUGCCUGGCUUGGAGGAUGAGCAUUCGUAUGCAGAGGACCUUCGGCGUUGCCAUGACGAUCUGAAGCGGGCUCGUGCAGAUUUGGACAAACAAAGAGGCGAGUUUGACAGGAGGAGCGAGGAGCUUCAGGCCCUGAAGAGAGCAAGUGAGAAGCGGGAGGCUGAGCUCAGGUCGGAGAUUGACAGGUUGAAGGACCAAUCGCAGAGGGACAAGGCUGAACUGGAAAAGGCAAAGGAGUCAUUAGUUGAAUCCUCAACAAGGACUCCAGUGGACCAGGGGACUAACCAGGAGCUUCAGGAAGCGAACGCACGCCUGAGAGAGAGGCUGUCUCGAAUGACGAGGCUUCACUCCAGCAUGCCCCUGAGCUCCGGGACAGAGAAGGCCAUUGAGGCGCUGGAGGACGAGAACCGCUCCCUGAAGUCUCAGCUGGAAGAGGCCAAGAGAGGAGUUGCCCGUCUGAGUAAGGAGAGAGACGAGCUGAACCGUCGGCUGGAGGAGAGAGAUGUGGAGAGAGAGGCGUUGCGGAGAGGCAAGAGCGACCUGGAGGAACAGAAGAGGCUGCUGGACCGUGCCCUGGAGAAGAUUAACAAGGAGAUGGAGUUGAUGAUGGGCGAUUCCCAUCAGUCGGUGGCAGCCCUGCAGACGCAACUGGACGAGUACAGGGAGCGCUCCAGAAAGGAUCUGCUGGACGCUCAGCGCAACAACAAGGACAGACUGGCCGAGCUCCAGAGGGCACAGGGCAACCUCAAGGCACAGCAGGAAGAGGUGUCUCGGCUGAAAAAGGAGCUGCUGGUGUGUGGUGAGGAAAGAGACAGCGCUCAGUUGGAGAGAGACCUGCUCAGCAGCCGCCUCAAACGCCUGGAGAGCGAACUGGAAACGGAGAAGAGCAGCCACACCGACCGCGCCAGGGAGAUCAGGGGCCUGGAGGAUAAGAUUAAGGCACUGGAGAUAGAGCUGGAUGAGGAGAGGAGCGGUGUGGAGCUUCUGAAUGACCGCAUCACACGAAGCAGAGAACAGAUCGAUCAGCUUCGUUCAGACCUGAUGCAGGAACGUUCUGCAAGACAUGACCUGGAGAUGGAUAAGAGUGCACUAGAGAGACAGGUGAAGGAGUUGAAAUCCCGUGUGGCAGACAUGGAGGGGCAGACCCGACCGACAGCUGGUAUCACCCUGCUGGAAAACAAAGUGCAGGAGCUGGAGGAAAGGCUACGCAGUGAAGAGAGAGAGAAGGCCAGCAUCCAGGCCUCUCAGAGACGGAUGGAGAGGAAGCUUAAGGAACUAAAUGCCACUCUGGACCAGGAGAGAAACCAACAUGCUGAGCAAAGAGACCAGCUGUCUCUGCGUGUGAAGGCCUUGAAGCGGCAGGUGGACGAGAGCGAGGGAGAGGUGGAGCGACUGGAAGGCGUCCGCCGGAAGGUUCUCCGGGACCUGGAGGAGCAACAGGAGCUCCAGGAGGCCCUGCAGGCCAAGGUCUCAGCGCUGGAGGCCGAGCUUAAGCGAAAGGUGCAGCAGACGCGUCGUCCGGCUCUGGGCUCCUCCAACUUCAGCUCUGAGGAGGACGACGGCCUCUUUGACACCGGCAGCAUCUCCGACAUCCUCAAUGAGAGCCAUCUACAGACCACCAACUGCUAGGGAUGGGGGGGGGGGGAUAACUAGAGCACUAGGUGAAUAGUGGGAUAUGAGGGGAAAGGGCGAGCUUAGACUGGAAAAAGAAAGCAUGUUCAAUGUUUUGGGCACAAAAACACGAUUUUUUUUUUUAAGCUAGAUAGUCAGAGACUGGUGCCCAUGGACUUGAAGAAACAAAGUCUUAUGAGGGACUAAGUUGCCAAGCACUGCAAAAUUAGAACAAUAGCUGUAGUGUAAUAUAGCUCCAAAAGAAACAGAAUAACGUCAGAAAAAUUAGAUUACCUUCUGAUACCUCGUGCUGUGAUUGCUCCACUGUUUACUUUCAUUUCCUGUCUGUCUGAAAAUACGAAUUAACUUCUUCCCUCAGUUACAUUGAGGAGGAUUAUUAAAAAGUACACUGGGAAAUACAGGUUAAUCACUGUGCUUCAACUUGACUCACACUCCCAACAAGGAUUUUUACUCUACGUCAUUAAAGAAACCGUGGGUGGGACUUUGAAACGUCAUUUCUCUUUCGGCGCCGUGUGAAAGUCGAGAAUUUUACCACUUUUUGUUUCCCGGCAUUGCACAAUUUGCCCAUUUAGAUUGCUCUUGAAACACAAAUAAUACUUGCAUACGUUUUGAUAUUUUGCUCUUGGCUCCAACGUGUUGUUUCUCCCGAGGUAGGUAUUGGCUGGGGCAUGAUAAGUUGCAUACAUUGUCAGCAGUUCUGUGUUAACUGUGUGAUUCGAGACAUGUUCAUAUGCUGCCUCCCGUUUCUACUGGACUGUGACAACUUCUUAAAACUGAGCUUGUAUCUUGACACUGUUAGACACGUGCACACAAGACAAUCAGAUAGACUGUGGCACCGCUUAUCCUCACAGGUGAAAAUGCUCCGAAGUUUUCCUACUUCAGCAAUUUGUAUUUUUUGGAGGUCUUUGUGUUUGUAUUAGAGCAUGUUGUCACUUGGAUGCCUUUUAAAGAAGCUGUUUCGUUUCCAGUCGGUGUUCUUGUGAUGGCUGACAGAUCUUCAUACGCUGCUGUAAUGAUUUCAUUAGUGUUUCACGUGCUUGUCUCUGCUUGAAUUCAGCUUGGCUGUACAUUCCUACUGAAGGAGUCAUUUAUUCAGAGGGACUCUCGUACGUUUUCUCCCCACGUUUCACCUGCCUUUUGCCAUUGUUGAAUGAUAAUCCUUAAAUUAUAUUUUAACUAUAUUAUUACCUUUUUUGACAUGCCACUUUGAAAAUGUAUUUUUGAGCAACUUUAAGAAAAUAUGUUUGAGCAUACAAAAAAAAUAAAGAUGUUUAACAAUUUGC